UCUGCCACCGGAUCAAGACGUGGUGCGUGUCGCGUCGUCCUAUAUACCAUGUCGUGCACACAGGCGCACGGUUUUUCUUGAAAGAAAACGAACCGAGAGACCCGAUCGCCCAGCUCGGUGAACCGCCGCCGUGGAGAUGUUCGAGGGAACGUUCGACCAGACUUGAACGUCGUGAACAAGUGUGGAUUGUGUGCGACCGGGUUUUUAAUUAUGCCUCGAUCGGACUGCGACGAGAUCGUUCCGCGAGAAACGCGCACGUUUACAAUCCCCGAUACUUUCGGGUGACUCACUAUAAAACACAGAUCAGUUACCCUGUGAAAGAGAGACUUCGCGAGUGUAUGAGAAGAUUUCUUUCUUGAACGACAGUGAAGUGUCCCGGGGGUCGGCCGACGUCGUCAGCGAAAGAAAAACAAUUUACAGGGCCGAUACUGGUGAUUAGAAGUUGUCAGCCGGGACGCGUGUAACAUCCGCCGAGACGACCUGACCGUCGCAACAAUCGACACGGAAGUUUCCCGGUGUGACACGGUUACGGGCAAAGUUUCGGCGUAAACGUACCCGACGGGUGUUAUCUUUCCGCAGGGGUUGGUAUCGUUGAAACUUUCCGCGGCGCAGGGUGUGUGUGCACGUUUUCGGUUGGUUUCGCGCGCGCGAGAGCCCGUCCUAUGGAAAAUUCGCGCGAGGACAAUAGGCGGCAGGAGAGUAAGCGCGGGGAGCUCGCGACAAUUGAAAUCGUGUUGAUCACCAAAGUUCGAACGUCCGAUUCCUCCCCGGGUGUCAAUUGAAAAACGCGUAGUCGGGGGGGAAGGUGUCGUUUCGUUCGAGUUUCGAGGAUGUCGGCGUACGGCCGAUAAGGAUUUCCCGCUUAAGUGUCAGUAUGUCAGUGGGUGGACGGUGCGCCGUCACCCAGUGAAGAGGAUGUGAAUCGGUCCGGUAUCAAAGUGAACGCGGCAUCAAACAGUUGCUGACAUGGCUUUGAGGUGGCAGGCGAGGCUGUCCAUUGCUGCCAUACUCUUCAUGUGUACGGAAGACACAUUGAGCAUGGGAGACCGGGCGAUGGACAACGCGGAUCGACACGCGAGUCAGAGCAGACCGCGGAAUCAGCUGCUGGUGGACCCGUCCAACUUGAAGCCGAACGCGGAGCCGACGUUCGACUACUCGCAGAACAGUAACGUCACGGCUCUGAUCGGGAAGAACGCUUACCUGACGUGCAGGGUCCGCAACUUGGGCGACAAAACCGUAUCCUGGGUGAGACACAGAGACAUUCACAUUUUAACGGCCGGGGCGUACACCUACACGAGCGAUCAGCGAUUCCAAGCGCUUCACAAACAAAAUACGGGCCAAAACAGCGAGUGGUCUGAAUGGACUCUUUGCAUAAAAUGGGCGCAAAAGAGAGACGAAGGGCUGUACGAAUGUCAGAUCUCUACUAUCCCCGUCAAGUCUCACCAAUUCCGCUUAAACGUCGUCGUACCGACGGCGACGAUCCUCGGAGGUCCGGAUCUGUACGUGGGCGCGGGGAGCACGAUAAACCUGACGUGCGCCAUACACUUCAGCUCGGAGCCGCCAGCCUACAUCUUUUGGUAUUACAAUGAGAACGUUUUGAGCUACGAUAGUCCCAGAGGCGGCGUCUCGGUGAUAACCGAAAAGGGUGGCGACGUGACCACCUCCUGGCUCCUUAUCCAAACUGCGCAACCCUCGGACUCCGGGGAAUACAGAUGCAAACCCAGCAACGCCGACACGGCGUCCAUCAAAGUUCAUGUGCUAAACGGCGAACGACCGGAGGCGAUGCAGACCGGAACGGCGGGACCUAUUUUAUCCUCGAGCUGUCUUUUGGUGUCUCUCAUCAUUUUGUACAUAUCCUCGGUGUAAACGAAAUACGAGCGUCGCCACGAUGCUGCUUACAGGUUAUGUCGGGGUACGGUAAGAUCGAACGCGUUGUCUCGUUAAUCCACCGGUUACUGUCGACGAACGCGUGGCCGGCACCGAAUCGAUUCGACGACUCUGACACACUUUUUUACUUCCACGCUCGUAUGUUUGUACCUGUUAAUGAGCUCUACUCGCACUAAUUCCGGUCUGUAAUUAAACCACCAUAUGUACCAGCGGGCAAGACCUUCCCGAGAUGAGGACGUUCGCGUUUCCUCUCGUCGGUCCCCGCGGCGAACGACUCGCACCCGCCAAGCGAGCGCUUAGAAAAUUUUGUACGUCGUUCGAUGAAGGGGACAGUCGACGCUAAUACCGCGAGCCGUGGACGACGGGAAAGACUGAUUUCAUUCACGGGAUUCGAUGAUCCUUGCCGAUUUACGAGCAGCGUAAAACAACCGUCUAUGGUUUACUGCCGGUCUCGAGAUGCAGGACGCGCGAGACACCAUUCACCGACGAAUAAAACGUGACUCGAUUGCGGUUGCCCUCCAUCUGCCGGCGAUCCUAUCGGAGAUGGGCGGGCAAGAUUUCCAACGCGAAGAAAGUAUUUACGCGCGGGAUCAGACGGGCUCGAAUUACCUCACGGCUCCGAUCGAAAACCGACGUUAAAUCCGUGAAAUAUCGUCGUUCCGUGCGGGCAGGUAUGUACGUAACGCGCGACGAAUGUUAAUAUUUCGGGGCGAGCGCAUUGUUCACGGGGACGUACGUCAUUGUCGCGCGGAAAUCACUUCCGGCCGAUUAACGGUCAGAAACGCGGGCAGUUGCGUGAUUGAAAACAAUUGCGGGAAAUUAUUAUUGCCGAAUGAUCCGGCUUACGGGAAUUACAGUUUUCGGAUGUUCGGCACGGCCUCGUUAAGCUUCAAUCCGAUCGCUCGAAUCCGUGGACAGCGAGAGGCACGUGUAAGAGUUCGGAGAGUGAGCUGCUGUGUUCAGGAUGCAAUUGUUUACUGUGUUAGACGAAAAGAAGGAAAAGUGAGGUUACGUGUUGGAAACGCGUCGUGACGGACGACGCGACGCGAGCAAAUCUGUUUGUAGUACGCUGAACGGGUAUUAGCGUCGACUCGGAUACACGAGAGGGCCUGUACAUAGCGUCUGUAUUAUAAAUUCUGGCUGGAUGAUGAUAGUUACAACGCCGACGACGCGAGCGUAAACUCGUGGACGCGCGCGGCGACGCGACAACUCUCUCACUCUCACUUGAACACACCGGCGUGUGCGGUGGAUCUAGUAAUCGCGUUUAUCGCGUGGAAAUCAAGUUUCGCGGCCGGAGUGGUUCCGAGCGAACGACCCCAGCCAGCAGCGGCGGCGAGCGGAACGCCUCCGCCCCGGAUCAUCGUUUGACACGGUUAUCGGAAUUUUAUUCACGAGGAACGAGAAUUAUCAUAAGCAAUAAAUUGAAUCGUAAAGCUGAUCGAUGAUCUCGCGCCCAUUCUACCAUCCUCGACGCGCCUCCUUCCGCGCGAGGCGUUUAAGGGAUUUUCAGCCACGGACCUUUUUACUACUUUGUACAUUUUUCCUUCCUUUCAAAAAGCUUCCUGCGAAAGUGCGCCGUGUAACGGCGAAGGCGGGGGUCGUUGCCGUCUCGUUCGGGUCCGGAAACCACUCCGGUCUCGCGGCGCGGCGCGACGACGGUUUUCACUUUCUAUUUGUGUGUGUUUCGAUGUGAUAUCCUCGCAGAUACCCCGUACGAAAGUAUCGCGCGGGAUCGUUCUCGCGCUCAAAAUCGAAUCUCACUUUUGUGUUCCUAACCUCGGUGGCGGUUCUUUCCACCGACUUUGGAUUACGUGCAUACGAACAGUCGGGGCAAGUUGAAAGGAGCCGAGGACGACGCGAGGAGCGCCGGGGCGGCGGCCAACGGAGCCAGUCAUUGUUCCGGAAGUUUUUCGAAGGUAAAACAAAAGUUCGAUACACGUGCGCUCGUCGAAACGAAACGUGGACACGCUUGCGCGAACUCCGGAGAAUAAUUACGAGGGCCAUACGGUAGGGUUGGGGAAAGUGCAAACUUUUCGAAUUUUUCUUUCGGAAACGGGGAAACUACGUGUAACGGAUUGGACGCGGUCCAUUAAUCGGGAUCGUUGAUCCAAUUUCUGCUCUCGAUACGCGUUCUCUGUACGUUCUUCGGUUCAGAUUAUUUCUGACGUAGAAUCCGGUACAAAAGGGACGUAUAUUUAAGGCUGUAUUGGCUAUACAGUCGAUCCCAAUAGUUUAUGUACCUUAGAAAAACGCAUUUCCUAUUAUUAAAAAGAAAUCAGACAUCGGAAGAAUAUUUCUACUAAUAGAUAGCUGGCACGUGCUAAAAAGUAUAGAAGGAAAUAUCCAAUUAAUUAUUGACGCCGGCAAAAAAA